AAGGUAAUCAAAGAGCGAAAGACGGAACUACUGAUGAAAAUGAAUGAAAAUAAAGGCAACAAAUUGGAGGAACUGGUGGAAGACAUGGGCUCUAAGCGAAGGCUAGCUUUCUUGGACUCCCUGCUCGUGCAUCACAUCCAGAAUCCGCGGGAAUUCACGGAACUGGACAUCCGGGACGAGGUGGACACCUUCAUGUUUGAGGGGCACGACACCACCGCCGCCGCCAUUCAGUUCGCACUCAUGCUCAUCGGACUGGACCCUCACGUCCAGGCUAAAAUACACUCAGAAUUGGACGCAAUCUUCUCGGACGACAUGACGCGCGACAUAACGAUCGACGACUUGAGACAACUCAAGUAUUUGGAGCAAUGCAUCAAAGAGUCGCUCCGACUCUACCCGUCCGUCCCAUACGUCGCCCGAAACAACAACGAGCCCAUCCGUAUCGACAACUACGAGGUGCCGGCGCGCACCACAUGUAUGGUCUUCUUCUAUAUGCUCCACAGAGACCCCCAUUACUACCCCAACCCCGAGGUGUUCGACCCGAACCGGUUCGACACGGACGCCACGGGUGGUCAGCCCCGUCACCCGUACGCGUACGUGCCGUUCAGUGCCGGCCCUCGCAAUUGCAUCGGACAGAAGUUCGCGCUCUUGGAGGAGAAGGCCCUGUUGGCUGCCAUACUGCGACGGUAUGACAUCCGGUGUCUGACACAGCGCCACGACCUCAAGCUGGACAUCGCCGCCAUCCUUAAGCCCAACUCAAACAUUACGAUGAGAUUCGCGAAACGAUUUUGAGAUUAUGCCUCAGAUUUAGUGAUCAGUUCAUGGAUUUUGUAAUAAAAUCUGUUUUAUUUUAGCGAUAAAUAUGGAAAUAAAUACAAAUAAUUAGUCGAAAAGAG